GCAGGCCCCAACAUGGCACCGUUCCUGCGCAUCUCCUUCAACUCCUACGAGCUGGGCUCCCUGAAGGAUGUGGACGAGGCAAGCCAGCCCUUCUGUGCUGUGAAGAUGAAGGAGGCUCUCAGCACAGAGCGUGGGAAGACACUGGUGCAGAAGAAGCCCACCAUGUACCCUGAGUGGAAGUCCACGUUCGAUGCUCACAUCUAUGAGGGCCGCGUUAUCCAGAUAGUGCUGAUGCGAGCCGCUGAGGAGCCAAUGUCCGAGGUGACGGUGGGUGUGUCAGUGCUAGCCGAGCGCUGCAAGAAGAACAAUGGCAAGGCCGAGUUCUGGCUGGACUUGCAACCCCAGGCCAAGGUGUUGAUGUCAGUGCAGUAUUUCCUGGAAGACAUAGAUUGCAAGCAGUCUAUGCGGAGUGAAGACGAGGCCAAGUUCCCAACAAUGAACCGCCGUGGAGCUAUCAAACAAGCCAAAAUUCACUACAUCAGGAACCACGAGUUCAUCGCCACCUUCUUUGGGCAGCCCACGUUCUGCUCCGUGUGCAGAGAGUUUGUUUGGGGUCUCAACAAGCAAGGUUACAAGUGCAGGCAAUGUAACGCUGCCAUCCACAAGAAAUGCAUCGACAAGAUCAUCGGCCGGUGUACAGGCACUGCAGCCAACAGCCGGGACACCAUAUUCCAGAAAGAACGUUUCAACAUCGACAUGCCGCACCGGUUCAAGGUGUAUAACUACAUGAGCCCCACCUUCUGUGACCACUGUGGCAGCCUGCUCUGGGGGCUGGUGAAGCAGGGAUUAAAGUGUGAAGACUGUGGCAUGAAUGUGCAUCACAAGUGCCAGAUGAAAGUGGCCAACCUCUGUGGCAUCAACCAGAAGCUCUUGGCCGAGGCCUUGAACCAAGUUAGUCAGAGAUCUUUAAGGAAGGAAACAGAGACCCAAGACACUGUUGGGAUCUACCAGAAUUUUGAGAAGAAGCCAGGAGUCUCUGGAGAUGAUCUUUCAGAAACUGGGACCUACGGCAAGAUCUGGGAGAGCAGCACCAAGUGCAGCAUUGACAACUUCACCUUCAUCAAGGUCCUAGGCAAAGGCAGCUUCGGGAAGGUGCUGCUCGCAGAGCUGAAGGGCAAAAAGGAAUUCUUCGCCAUCAAGGCUCUCAAGAAAGACGUGGUCUUGAUCGAUGACGACGUGGAGUGCACCAUGGUGGAGAAGCGGGUGCUGGCGCUCGCCGGGGAUCAUCCGUUUCUCACCCACCUCUUCUGCACCUUCCAGACCAAGGACCACCUGUUCUUUGUGAUGGAGUUCCUCAAUGGGGGUGACCUGAUGUACCACAUCCAGGACAAAGGCCGCUUCGAGCUCUCCCGUGCCACGUUUUAUGCAGCUGAGAUAGUCUGUGGACUACAGUUUCUGCACCAGAAAGGGAUCAUUUACAGGGACCUCAAGCUGGACAAUGUGUUGCUGGACCACAGCGGCCACAUCAAGAUUGCCGACUUUGGCAUGUGCAAGGAGAACAUGUCCGGGGACAAACAGGCCAGCACCUUCUGCGGCACCCCUGACUACAUUGCCCCCGAGAUCCUGCAGGGCCUAAAAUACUCAUUCUCUGUGGACUGGUGGUCCUUCGGAGUCCUUCUCUACGAGAUGCUCAUUGGUCAGUCCCCCUUCCAUGGUGACGAUGAGGACGAGCUCUUCGAGUCCAUCCGUUUGGACUCACCGUACUAUCCUCGCUGGAUCACCAGGGAGUCCAAGGACAUCCUGGAGAAGCUGCUUGAACGGGACGUAGGCAAGAGGCUGGGAGUGACAGGGAACAUCAAAAUCCACCCCUUCUUCAAGACCAUCAACUGGGUUCUGCUGGAGAAACGUGCAGUGGAGCCACCCUUCAAGCCCAGAGUGAAGUCACCUGGCGACUACAGCAACUUCGACCAGGAGUUCCUGAAUGAGAAGCCGCGCCUCUCCUACAGCGACAAGAACCUCAUCGAGUCCAUGGACCAAACAGCAUUUGCUGGCUUCUCCUUCGUGAACCCCAAAUUUGAGAGGCUCCUGGAAAACUGAGGUUCCCGAACAUGUGCCCCAAAAGCCCAUCCCAGCCCGGGAGCCUGGGUCAGCCAGCACCACCUGCCAACCCAGCAGCGCAGGUGGGGCCCACACUUCAUCAGCACCUGCCUGCCCCCCACGAUAAGCAACCAUGCAGUUGUCGUGAUUUCUGCUGCUGCCUGCCCCC